CUCUUGGAGUUUACUUGUUGAAUGACAGCAGAUCAGAAGUUUCUCUUUUAAACACAGUUUAAUUUCUCUUCCUGGGAACCAACUCUCACUCUUCGGAGCAGAGUCGCAGCUUCUCCGACAUCGUGACCGAGUCCUGGGAACAAAAACAAGAUGCGGGACCGAACUAAAGAACUAGGAAACAAUGCAGACGCUUCAGAUGAGGACGAGGAGGGCAAACCUCUCAUGAUCAAACCGGGAACGUCUUUGGUGAAAGAGGACAAGGAGAAUGAUGCUUUCUUUAAAAAGGUGCAAGAGAUCCACGAGGGUCUGCUAACCCUCAAAAGGAUGGUUUCCAACCUGGAGAACAAGCAGAAAGCUGUGCUCGGGGAGCCGCUGCCGGAGGAGAGCAUGAAGAAAGAGCUCCAGACUCUUCGAGAGGAGAUCAAAACGUUGGCGACUCAGAUCCAGAAGAAGCUCAAGAGUAUUGAACCGAAGAAGGGAGACGACGAUGGAAAGUACGUUCCCAUCAACUCUCGGAUGCAGCGGACCCAGCACGGCGUCUUGUCGCAGGAGUUCGUGGAGCUGAUGGGUCACUGCAGCACCAUCCAGUCCCAGUACAGAGACCGCAACGUGGACCGGAUACGGAGGCAACUCAAAAUCACUGAGACGAACGUGACGGACGAUCAGCUGGACGCGAUGCUGGAGAGCGGCGAGACGAACGUGUUCAUCAAGAACAUCCUGACCGACGCCCAGGCCACCAGGCAGGCCCUGAACGAGAUCGAGUCCCGGCACGACGAGAUCCUGAAGCUGGAGCAGAGCAUCCGAGACCUGCACGAAUUGUUCCAGUACCUGGCCAUGGAGGUGGAGGCGCAGGGCGAGAUGGUGAACCAAAUCGAAAACAACAUCAAACAGUCGUCCAACUACGUGGAGAAGGCGAAGGAAGACACGACGACGGCCGUCACGUACAAGCAGAAAGCACGCAAGAAGAAGUUGUGGAUAGCGAUCUGUCUGGCCAUCCUCGUCCUCAUCCUCGUUAUCUCGUUGGUCAGCGCCUUCGGCACCUAAUGCCGCCGACCUGUCAGGAGGAAGGGGGAAAAAUGAAAGAAUCCACUUUUGUAUAAAUAAUUUCAUCCCGCUGGACGUGCGGGUGAAUUUAUUCUCGCUCUGCUUCUCGUGUCUCCCUCUAACUCUGCUGUCGACCCAACGGGCCCUUUUGUUUGUUUUAAAGAAGAAAUGUGCUUUUUACUCACGAACGACUACAAUCUCACCUGCAUUUCAACUUCCUCUCGAGAGGUCGUGCUGCUGGUUUCAGGCCCCUCCCCUCCCCAUCCUCCCUCUCAACCGCCAUGACACUUUGAACUGUUGCGUCAGCGCUCCUUCCCCUCCAUUUAAAAAAGAAAUAAAAAGAGGAACCAAGUGGCCUUGAGCAAAGCACAAUGCAGUAUUGAACCCUGAUCGUACUGAACUCAGGAAACUGUGCGUUGAUUCUUGUUUCUGGAUGAGAGGCGCAGAUAACACUUUUAAUAGAGUAGGUCUUUCUUCUUAAAGGCAGAUAGACUAAUAUAAUUGUACAUAACCUUAUAUUGCUGAUAAGACUUUUUUUUUUGUAAAACUUGAUGUUUCAAACUGCCUUCAUGGAACAAUGUAAAUAUAUAUUUUGUUUGUGUUUGAAAUAAUCCCGCCCCACUUUUAUUUUAUAAGGCCCGCUUUUAUUUGUCCUACGUUUGUAUUUAUGAUUUAAAAUACUUGGUGUGAGCUUCUGCAACCACACAUGACAUCGGUAUUUCCCAACACGGUGUCUUUUCCUUCACAUGAGGUUGGAUGGCGUGGCUUUUUAAUUUGAUUGAAUUCACACAGCGGUUAUAGUAUAUAGCUUUAGUCCGACACAUUUAGUAUUUUCCUUAACGUUGUCACAUUGAAAUUGUGGCGUUGACCAACCUGUGAGAAAAAUAAAGUUUGUUUCAAAGGUCGGGAAGUAAAAAGUUGACCCGAGCAUUUCAGUAUGGAUUUGUUUUUAAAAUAAAAUACCGACUUGGUCCAUUA